AUGAGUAAUAGUUUAAUAAAAGCAAAUACUUCAAUGGCCCUUGGUCAAUACAACAGUGCCAUAAAGUAUUUCAAAGAAUAUAUGGACGAAAAUCCUCAUAUUCCAUUCAACAAAGAAGUAUUUAACCUGUUAUCUGAAGCAUACAAUAAUUUAUCGAAUGAUAAGCGUAAUUGUAUACGUGAGUUAGAAGCAUACCUGGAAUCACUCCUAGACACCGAUCGGGAACGCGUCGCAGCUAUCACUUCAUUGUUGGAUGAAACCAAAAACGAUUUAAUUUCCCUCUGUACCGAAGUCGUUUACAUCAUAGACAAAAAUUUACUCUCUAAGGUGGAAGGAGUUCGAGAAAAAGUGUUAAUUUAUAAUAUGAAAGGCGUUUACUAUCGGUACAUGUGGGAAGCCAAUAAUAGUGACGCAACUUGCAAAGAAGCGACUAAAGCAUAUGAAGAAGCGAUGUGUUUAUGUCAAUGGAAUUUUAAACCAGCAGAUCCUUACUUAUUGCAAAUUGCAUUAAACUUAACGACACACUUGAACAAUACUAAUGAUACCGAAAUGGCUCGAGUUAUUUUAAAUAGAGUUAUUCAAAACACACAAGAGGAUAAUCUUGAAAACUAUGACUUCUUAAAGAAGUCAUAUGUUGAGUUAUUUUUGAGAUACUUAAAUGAACGUUUAGUUCGGUUUCAGAUAAUCGUCAGACAAAAACAAAUAAAAAUAAUUGAACUUAUCGAAGAUCGUAUUCCUCGAGAGUUUGACGAUACAAUUAUUACAAGACAACGAGGUUGA